AUGAAGUACGGUCUUCCCUCUGUCAACAUACAUGGAUCUUCCUCAAACCCGGCUAUGAGAAAAAAAUCUGUUGUUCCACCAGCGACUUUUACAAACAUCGCAUCUGUCAUCCAAAUGAACGCUAAAUUUGAAGAAGCCAGCGAAAGAGAACAUAGUCUAAAGACAACCAUUGAUAAAUUACAAAAAUCAUUGGAUUACAAAGAGACCGAAAUAAGAUCUUUAAAAGAGGCUGCCCUAGCAUGGAAAAAGAAGGCCGAAGAGUACAAGAAUUCAUAUGAAGAUGCCUUGGAGAAGAUUAAAGAACAAGAACGGAUAUUGAAAAAGCAGCAUAAAACAGAGAUGGAUAUAUUGACAAAAACACAUGUUGAACAAAUGGAUGAAGCAAUUGCGACAAUUUUACAGCUCGAAUCAAACAUCAAGAAUACAGAGUCAAUAGAUUCGACAGAAUUCAAUUUGCUUUCAAUAGACUAUAUAACUGGCACAAAUGUCAGAGAUGUACAUGAAAGCAAUAUGAUAUUAGAGGAAGAAGCUAUACUAGAGACGGAGCUUGUCCCUAAUAGAAUAGAAGGCACAGACGCACUUGUUCUUAGUUUCAAUGCAAAUGAGAUAGAAAGGUGCAAGGCAGAAGAAUCGUCUAUAUACUCUGACGGCUCUAGUGAAUUUUAUUUUCCUGAUUCAGAAACAACAUCCAAAAAUAUAGAGGUAGCCGAAAGUAUUCAAAGUGUCGUAUUUGAAACAGAAAGCAGUCUACCAAAAGAGGACAUUAUUAUGAGUCCAGUCGAGGUCCAAAUAGAGAUGCUUCCAGAAAACAUAAUCGAGAUUGCAGUAAAUGAUACAUCAGAUAUCAUUACAUCCAAAGUAAAAGAUACAGAACGACAGAUCACUGACGCUGAAUCAGCAAAAGUUGUAUCAGAUAGGGAAGCAAAUGUUGCGUCUGCUAUAACAGCAGCAAAAAAUGCUAUAGAAUACACAGAAAAGGUCACAGCAAACAUCGUACCAAAGAAUGUAAAACUUAAGCAAAUCGAAGAAAACACAGCAGCACAAAAACAAAAAGAAGAAACAGCCAAAAGUAUUGACAGAGUACACAUCCCCGCACUUACGGACAGAACUUUACCACCACUAGUGCCUUCGCUUGAAUUAGCAACUGACGAUUCUGACGAUGCUCCUGAAGAAGUAUCUCAUGCACCUUUGUUUACCAAAACACGAUAUGAUACACCUCCUCAAAAACAAACUCAGCGACCUCUUUUCCAAACUAGAGACCAGCUCUCAAAGGUCAUCCCUAGUAUAUUUCGCCACAACAAGAAAAAGGACAAGGAGGAUAUCACAAUACAUGAUAGAAAUCCAUCAAAAUCAAAAGAUUCGACAGACAUGUCUCACACAAAUUUUGUUCUAAGUAUGAUUCAAGAACAACAACGACAUGCGAGUGAAGAUAUAUCAGGGCAAUCUACGCUUUCACUUUCACAAAACCAGCCCGUCUUCCACCCGAUACCAAUGGACUUCCGACGAAUGGGGCAAUCGUCAACUACAAAUCCACAGCACUACAGAUCAUCCGAGCAAGCUUAUAGACAAGAAUAUCCUAUCAAUCGCUUCCAAAGUGCACAGCCUUUAUCGAACCAGUCAAAGACAAGGAUGUACCCAGAUAUCAGUCAGACUGAUUUGUUCAUUUCUGGCUAUGGCCCCGGUCUAUCCCCUAAAAACUCAUCGAACGGACUCUAUCAACCCUCAUUUUCAAAAGACCAUUCAGCUCAUCCUGACACAUUGGUUCAGGAACCAUUCAAGAAGGUGGCCUCAAAUGAUCACCUUUAUUCCUCUUCCACCUUAUACCAUACCUCCAAUUUACCGUCCUCAAAAGAGCAAUGGAGAGUACAUAAAGCAUUGCAAAACAAAUCUUCUUAA